AUGAAAAAAAAGCGACUGGCUUGGGCUCGGCAACAUCGACAAAUGACAAUUGAGGACUGGAAUAAGGUGUGUUUCUCCGAUGAAUCAACUUUUGAAAUUUUACCCGACAAAAGUAGCUUCGUCAGACGGCGCCCAGGUGAAAAAUAUCACCCCGACUGUAUCGUGGAGAGGGUAAAACACCCUGUCAAAAUAAUGGUGUGGUCAGUCAUAAGUGCCAAGGGUGUUGGACGGCUCUACGUUGUCCAGGGGACCAUGAGACAACACCAAUAUAAAGAAGCGUUACGAAAUCGAUUGUUGCCAACACUCAGGGAGUGGUUCCCUGGUGUCCUAGAUCAAGACGAAUCAAAGAUGUCUAAGUUAUCCCUCAGUAAUGUGCCCUCAAAUCCUCGAAUAAAUCGUCUGAGAACAUUUUCAAGAACUGAAAGCGAGACAUCUUGCGAAGAAGCGGCGAGACUGACUGCGGAAGGCGCCGGUGAUGCUGACGAUGAUGAGGCCUACGACUAUGGGGAAUUGCCUCCGCCACCCGAUGGGGGCUACGGCUGGGUGGUCGUAUUCGCUUCCUUCAUGUGCAAUCUGGUUGUGGACGGCAUCGCAUAUACCUUUGGAAUAUUCCUUCCCGAGCUCGUUACGUACUUCGGCGAGGGGAAAGGCACGGUAGCGUGGGUCGGCAGUCUGCUGUCAGGAGUUUAUCUCGCCGCAGGUCCAGUGGUAUCAGCGCUAUGCAACAAAUACGGCUGUCGGGCUGUGUGCGUCGCCGGCUCCUUGAUAGCGACUGUCGCUUUCGCGCUGUCGACACUCAGCAAGAGCGUGACAAUGAUGAUGCUCACGUAUGGAUUAAUCGGAGGUAUAGGCUUCGGAAUGAUCUACCUUCCGUCUGUGGUAGCAGUAGGCUACUACUUCGAAACCCGUCGCUCCCUCGCCACGGGUAUAGCUGUAUGCGGAUCUGGAGUUGGAACGUUCAGCUUUGCGCCGCUGGCCGCCAUAUUGCUUAAAGAAUUCGGUUCGUGGCAGAACGCGAACCUUCUGCUCGCCGGUCUUAUAUUGAACUGUGCCGUAUUCGGUGCUCUAAUGCGGCCUUUGGUGUAUCCGAAAACAUCAGGCGAAAAGCCCUUAUUGCAGCGAAUGGCUGAAGAGAAAAGACUGCAAAUGGAAAGAGGCUCUAUAGGAGGUUCUUACUUCGUAGUGCAACUACCCGACGGCACUAUGGAGAAACGAUUAAAGGCACCCUUAAAUAUUGACCCAGGCGUGCACUCUUCUUUGAACCUGGAAGCGUUAGCGCGAGUGCCGACUGUUCCAAACAUGCCGGGUGUACCACCGGUUCCCACGCUGCCCACUAUUACCGAGGCGAAGGUCGUUGACGAUAAUGGUGAAAAGAAAAAGGCCGAGAACGGUUCAGCCGUGGCCGUCCAGCCGAUGUCGCGUAACGUAUCUUCCCCGGCGUUCAGCGCUCAAGCCCCGGGCUUACCCAAGAACGGCUCGGUGCCGUUCUUCGACCGCCAGAGGAAGCAUAGCACUGGCGAAAGAUUUAAACCGUCCCUAGCUGCUAUUAAAGCCACAUCCAAAACGUCUAUGAACAGCCAACAUAGAAACGCACCUGACGGCGACGCAGAAAGCGGUAUGUACAACUCGAAGCUGUCCGUAUCUGCGGCCAGGGAACCGUCGAGAAUUGUCCGUCCGAUGUCCCGGAAGGACAUCUUCUACUCGGGCUCCGUGCUCAACCUACCGCAAUACCAGAGCCAGAAAUCGCUACAGGGAUACAGGAACUCCGUUCUCAGCUUGCCCCAGAGCCGACAGGCUGGUGAUUUGGACAGACAGGAACAAUAUGACUUAUGUCCAUGUCUGACGCUGCCGGAAUCGUUCAAAUCGGUGCUGUCUUCUAUGUUAGAUGUCAGCUUGCUACGCGAUCCCGCUUUUAUGCUCAUCGGCCUCUCCAGCUUUUUCGGAAUGGCGGGCCUCUAUGUGCCUUUUGUUUACAUCGUCGAUGCGGCCUGCCUAAAUGGAGUGGAUCCUUCGCAAGCGUCGUUCCUGCUAUCUAUAAUCGGGAUCACGAACACGUUCGGUCGUAUCGCUUGCGGGGCUGUAGCCGACCUGCCUCGUGUUGAUGCGCUUCUGCUCAACAAUAUAUGCCUCGUUAUCGCCACGGUAUCGGUUGCCGUUACGCCGUUCUGUUACUCUUACGCUGCUUACAUAGCAGUUGCGGUUGCUUUCGGUAUAGCUAUCUCCGGCUACAUCUCCCUAACGUCUAUCAUCCUCGUGGAUCUCCUCGGGCUGGACAAACUGACGAACGCCUUCGGCCUGCUUAUCCUGUUCCGUGGAGCAGCCGCUAUAAUAGGGUCACCACUUGCCGGUGCUGUUUACGAUAUGACCAAAAACUACGAUGCCUCUUUCUAUAUGGCCGCUGGAUUCUUCUUGGCUUCCUCUGCCGCCUCUUUCGCUGCUCCCAUGUUCCGCAAGAAACAGGAAGAGGUCCAGCAGCCUAUGGACGUUCUGACCCCGAUCGACGAGGAUCUGGAAGAAGGAGAGGAUGAGGACCCGGAUGACACGCCCAUCACUAUGGGUGCUCGCAUCGGUCGCCCGCCUGCAAUCACACGUACCGCCGCUUCGCCCUCAGACCCGCCAAGCCCACCCAGCCCCGAGGAACAACCACAACGCGAAACUCUGUUAGAGGAUCUUCCAGAUUGUAGCGAAGAUUCUGAUGUAGGUGUUUCCGAUGAAGUCGAAAAAGAUCUUCAAGUACUCUUAUCGAGAGGCUUCAACGACUAUUUUGAGGAGGCUAUUGAGAGGGUCUUAGCUGAAAUUCCUCCAUCGCCGACAAAUGAAGAAGUGCCAUCAGGUUGUUCUGUUGAUCAGAAAGGCAAGGUAUUGAAUCUAAAAAAGGAGGAACUUUUAGCAUUUAUUGGUAUGAAUUUCUAUAUGGGCUACAAUACUCGACUGGCUUGGACAGACCAUUACCCUUCGGCAUCUGAUCUUAACAAUCCACCUAUAUGCAACACCAUGCCAAGAGACAGAUUUGCUAUGAUUUUAUCACAUCUACACUGCAACGAUAAUGCUCAAAUGCCUAAAAACUGCAAAGAUACGUUGUAUAAAAUAAGACCUAUUGUUGAUGCUGUCAAUAAAAAAUUUCAAGAGUGCUAUCAUGGGACCCGUGAAAUGAGCGUGGACGAAUCGAUGAUCAAAUUCAAGGACCAGAGGGGCUAUAUAAAAAAAAUCAAAUUUAGCAAGGGAAAGAUGAAAAAAAUGAGCGCAAAUUUUUCAAAAUAUAGCUUGGGAGAAAGAGUAGUUUUAGAAUUGACAGAACAAGAAUGGGGUAAAGAGAAAAUUGUCUAUUUUGAUAAUUUUUUUACAUCUGUUGCUUUACUUGAAAAGUUGAAAACUGAGAAUACCUACGCAUGUGAAACAGUCAGAAGUAAUAGAAAAGGACUGCCUCCAAAUACGCUCCCUGAUUCAAAAAUGAAAAGAGGGGAAAGUGAUUACAGAUUUUCAAACCUAGAUAUUGGAAAUGGAAAGAUAACAAAUUAG